AAAAUAUUUAUAAUAAAAAUAACUUUCAGAAUAGUCCACGUAUAGUUUCCGUUCGACAGCGCUUUGAGCAAGUCAAAAUACCAGCUGAGAUAAACAGACAGUUCAAGUAAAGUAAAGAUUAAACAAGGUAUUAUGCAACAGUACUGCAUAUAUAGUACGCUGUUUUCUGAAUAUAUAAAGCAACUGUACAUGUCAAUUUAGUCUAUAGACUCUAUACAUUGUCAUUUUGCAUUGCUCACUAAGAACACGAAACGAUAGCUUUGACUAUACGUCUUUUUAAUUAAACUGUUGUAGACUAGAUUAGAUAAAUUAAAAUUUCUGUAGCCUCGAACAGCUAUGAUAUAGGCAUGCUGACAAGUUGACAUACAUGAUGCACAAGGACAAGGUUUGUUUUAAUGAGAGUAUAGACUGAGAGAAAUGAAAAUUCUAAGAAAUAUACUAGGCUUGCGAAUAUUUAGAAAAAUAUAUACUGUAUGCCGAACUCAAAUCAGUUCAACACUCAAUACCAGAUAUGUUCAUAUAGCUAUAACUCAUUACGAAUGAAGAAAGAGAUUUGGAUCCACGAAAAUAAUGCGGAAGUGUAGUUGUCGAUCAUUUAAGGAAUAAUCUGUCUUUCCUUCUCUAGUUCUCUUAUCCAAGUUGUCAAACUGAAAUAGUUUAAAUUAUGAAUCAUUAAAUACUUUGCAGUAGGACCAGGGGACGUAUGCAAUAUAUCUGAAGGAAUGCAUAUAGUUUGCUGGCGUUUGAUCUAGAUUGGCUAUUAGUAAAACACGGAGCACGGAGCACACGGAGCACGGAGUACGGAGCACACGGAGCACGGAGCACACGGAGCACACUGAGCACGGAGCACACGGAGCACGGAGCACACGAACUACGGAGCAGUAGAAAAACGAAAAUCCUUUAUAAUAAAAUACACUGUUUACUACAAAUUUUUAUUACAAAUUUUUGUUCUUAUUAAUAAAGUUUUUUCGCGUUUUACACGUUGAGGAAGUAGAAAAAUGGGGCUUUUACUGCACAUAUGAUGCAAAACUGCCAAAAGCUAUAGUAUUUAAAAUAGGAUUGUGCCUGUGAAACUCGUCACAUAUCUAUCAAGCUUAUGAGUUAUGUAGUUAUAUUAUAUUCCGAUGGCCAACGCAUUAAGAAACACUUAGAGAACAGCCGAUAUAUUUCGUUACCCCUGCCAAAAAAUAGCCAAUAGGCCGUGGGAUGAGCAUCCAAAAGAUGCUUAGAAAACGGAUUCCGUUGCACCCCUCGUGGAACUACGUAAUUUUCACAUGAGUAAAUAGAUAAAAACUUACUUUAUCAGAAUCCGUUGCUCCCCAAGCGAAACAGGUGCACAAUUGGGAGAAAAAUCCCUCCAAAGUUUGAUAUUUUCGCGCUUCGAAAUAUUCGAACCGCCAUUGUUUUGAUAGCAAAUACGCAUGCGCAACUCAGCUAAACUCGCACUGCGCACGCGCACAACCAACGCACAUGCUUCGAAGUGGAAACACGCUCAGUUAUGCAAAUAAACAUGGCUGAAGAUAUUUAUAAAACUCGAAUAUCCUCAUGUUUUAUGCAUUUUGAGCGUUACGGAGCAACUUUGCGAAGUUACACGCCAAAGGCUUAAGAAAUUUCUUGAGUGUAGGUCAAAAUGGGCCAAACUUAAAUGUCAACAAGCUGAAAUAGCUAAGAAAUCGUACGAGAACAUCGAUGACGGAUCUGUCAAUUCAUACAUGGAGAAGAACCCUGACACCAUUAACUUUAAUAGAAUGGAACCAUCAUAUGAAAAUAUGCUGGAAGAGAUUUUGUGAUGAAGAGAAGAUCUGUAGAUAACAGAGAAAAGAAGAAAAAGGAGAAGGAACUAGCUCUAAAACUAUAACUUCUACCGAAGAAUCACACGUGAAAGUGGAGGCAAUAGAACCAAGGCGAAAAAUUAAUACACGUCAAUCAGUCUCAGAACCUAUAAAUAUAAAGGCCCUGCCUAAAAGAAACGCGCAUGUACUCCCAGAGAUAUGUAAUAUUUGUGGAAGAGACGCCUCAUGGUUCUCACUAGACAAGGUAUGGUAUUUUGAUAGGUAUAAUACUAGCGCAAUGUGCACAACAUUCUCAGGUUUGGUUUUAAAAUAUAUUGAAUUGUGAUCAAUUUAGUUUAUAUAGGGUAAAGUAGUUUCUAUGCUACAAACAUCCAACCUUGUAAUUAGCAGAUAUUUAGUUAAAUAAUUUAUUUUGUUUAACACCAGGUAACUAAGAAGAGAAGAAGAACCCCACUCAUGUUGGCAGAAACAAUUGAUGCUGGUCUUCUACGUACAGCUGCUGAGAGAAAGAAUGAUCAACAGAUACUCGUGCAAAUCCAGGGGAAAGACUGUGUAUCUCUGGAAAUCCGCUAUCACAAAGUUUGCUACUGCAAUUAUAGUAUCAGUUUACGAGAAGUCUUAUGAUGUAUUCUGUAAGAAAGUAAUUGAGAUGGAGGUCAUCGGAAAUAAGCAAAUAAAGUAUAUGAAAGAUUUGCUGGAGAAAUUUGUUAUCAUUGCUAAGGACACUGAGAAUGUGGAUGCAUCUAGAUAUAGAGCUUUUAAACUCAAGCAACGACUGAUGAAAAGUUAUCCCCAACUUGUGUUCUGUGUACCGAAAAUGAGAAAUGUUAGUGAGAUUGUAUAUGUGGACCGGAAAAUUUGGAUUCUUCUGAAUUGGUUGAGGAACAUAUGUCAAUUAAGGGCCUGUUUAUGUGAAGCCGGGCUGGCCCGCUUAGCGAGGCAGCCCGGUAAGCGGGAUGAAUUUCUCUUGUGUUUAUAUGAGAAACUUUCAUCCCGCUUGCCAGGACAAUUUUGUUACAUUGUAUUGUUUUGACAGUUGUUAAAAAUAGCUUGCGGCGGUAUUUUUGAACUUUCAUCCCAGCAACCGGGAUAGCCCGCUUGUAAAUGUUUAUAUGGAGAAAUUUCCAUCCCGGUAAGCGAGAUCUAGCCUGAGUAGCCUCUUUCAAAUGAGAUCUCGGCAACCGGGCCAGCCCGCUUGUCCAUAUAAACGCAUGAUAAUUUUUAGUAUUUUUUACUAUAAAAAUAACUACACAGCGAGAUCUUGCUUACCUAACUUGCUUAACAGGCCAGCCCGGCUUCCAUAUAAACAGGCCCUAAGUCUGAAAACAAUGAUGAGGACUUUGAUGAAGAGAGCUGUACCAUUGAUGAUGAUGAUGUGAAUUCCAACACAGAAACUGAGGGAAAUUCUAAAGUCAAUGAGUUACAAAUUCUAUACAAUGCUUGAUUCUUCACCAAAAGGUGCAAGAAAUACCAAAACUGAAUCUUCCUUGGCCACCAUUGGCAUCUGAUUUGACAAGAGAUAAUAUUUCAAAUCCGACUAUGAGGACUGGACUAGAUUUCAAGUCCACACAAUUUGAUCACGUCCGAGGCGAAUCAGAGGACUGGAUCAAAAUGUGAGGACUUGAAAUCUAGUCCAGUCCGAAUUGGAGGAUUUGAAAUGACAUCUAAUACGAAUAAAUCACUACUUAAUUAAUUUUGAUCCAGUCCAAGGACUGAAUUAAUUUUAAUCCAGUCCAAGGACACUACAGGAUCAAUAUACUUCAUAAAGUAUCUAGUAUUAUCAUGUGAGCAAAAUAAGCAAUAUGGUUGGCUAAUUUGCUCAUGAAUUAUUAAUGAUUUGAGGUGAACAAUGAUGGUAAUGCAUGUAGGUAUUAUCAGUGGAGUAGAUCAGUAUUUAUUUACUUAUUCGAUAUUCUCAUUCGGAUCCACAGUAUUUAUAUUAUCAACACAUAUAUCCCUCUCAUGGACAGAGUUAACAGUAUGGUCAUGUCUGAGAAGCCUAAAACGCACCCUGAUGGAGGAACUGAAACUCACAGCAGCAAAUCUAUAAGAAAAAGUCAACUAGUAUGGACACGAAAAACCAGGCUGAAUCGUUCCUUGUUAUUCUAGAUAGUGGCUAAAUACCAACUUAUGUCACAAUAUAAAUAUAAUACAUGUAAUAGUUCAAAUAGGAGAAGUAGAACUUUACCAGACAAAAGCCAGGACAGCUUAUUGCAGAAUACAUCUCGCCCUUGGCCAGGAUCCAAUAAGUGGGAUUUUAUUGCUCUGAUGAAAAUCUGGGUUCAAAGAUGAAAACAUUUCUUUCAAUUAUAGAUAAGCUAUAAUGUUUUGUAAAUGUUAAUGAAUUGUAUAUUUCCUCCCAAUUUAUCUUUUUUUAUGAUGAAUUUCGAGUUUAUAUAAAUAUCCCCUUAAAGCCCGUGACGAACUGGGAAACACUGUUGUCAUAUUAUUUGUCUUUCCAAUCUUUCGAUAUGUCAUAUUGUCUUAUCAGCGUCGGCAAACGGAUAAAGAGUGUUUCAUAAUAUGCUUCUGAAAUCUGAAUUUGGUAGGAAAUAAUUUGCUUUCUGGGAAGCAAGUUUUGCGUCUGCAAUAAAAGCCAAUUAAAAAUCACGAAUAUUUCCGCGACAUUGUUUCUUACGUUUGGCCAAGGCUUUAAGUUUAGCGAAAUAUUUAAUUUGUUCCUUGAUCGUGUGAAUUGUAUGCAUAUAUAUUUUUUAUUCUCCGUCCUGUUUGAUACAGGUGGGUUUUUUACCUCACACAAAUUUGUAUUGAAUUAGGAUGUUAAUAUAAAGUAGAAUUAAACGUUAAAACGGUAUUUUGAAACAAUAGCCAAUGAAUUGAAGUGAUUUAGCAUAUGAGCAAGCAAAAUAUACAAUGUGUUUUUAACAAUAUUUAAUGUAUUUAUAUUACAAGGUUUGAUCAGUAUUCCGUGAUUUUAUUUUGUUGUUUUUGCGGAGGAAAUCGGGGAAACCCCCCAGUGAGAAUCUAUUUUUAUAGUCUGCGCGUGCGCAGUGCGAGUUUGGCUGAGUUGCGCAUGCGUAUUUGCUACCAAAAUAAUGGCGGUUCGAAAAUUUCGAAGCGCGAAAAUAUCAAACUUUGGAGGGAUUUUUCUCCCAAUUGUGCACCUGUUUCACUUGGGGAGCAACGGAUUCUGAUAAAGUAAGUUUUUAUCUAUUUAUUCAUGUGAAAAUUACGUAGUUCCACGAGGGGUGCAACGGAAUUGCAUCUUUUGGAUGCUCAUCCCACGGCCUAAUACACAUAAACGCAUUGUCACAUUUACUCUAAAUCUUCAAAUGAACUACAUCCAACCUUUGAACCUCACUCUGACGAAAAGUCUUAAUGAUCACUUUCUCUGAUCUUAAUGCCUUCAACCUAAGUCUAUUCCGAACCUUUUCCGAUAUAUAUGUCCGCUGACUACCACUGUCGAAUAGUAUUCUAGUACUAACUUGCUGAGACUCGUCCAUGGGACGUAUAUCUGCUCUGGCUGUUUGCAAUAAUAUCCCAUUCGUAUCACAACCAGUGUGGCCUACAAAGUCCUCUCUUUUAUUUUCCUUAUCAGUAUUAUCUUGGGCAUCUGCAGGAGGUCUAUGUGAAGUAGAAGUGCACAUAGAGAUAUGGUGUUUACCACCCUUACAUCUCCGACAAACAUAGGAAGAUGUACAAUUUCUAGCUAUGUGACCCUUGUCAAGACAAAUAAAACACCUGUUAUUUCUACGAAGAAUAAUAACCUUACGUGACUCUGGAAAUGCCCUUCCUUAUUACAAUAUGCACAUGAACCUUUACUUGCUUGACUAAAUAAGCCGCUUGUGGUAUAGUGUCCUGCUUUCCUGUGCUUAUUAGGCUCAUUAGGUG